CGCGAAAACAGUUAAAGAAUUGAAGAGUUAAAUUUGCUUCAUCAGACAUCAUGGAUACAGUUUACGGAACGAAGAAGUAUUUUCAGAGCUUAUCAGCUGGGAGUGACAUUUAUAGAUCUUCAGCUUGCAGAGCAAUGACAAAUGACUAUUCCUAUCAGAAUACUCUCGGAAGACGUUCAACUCUCGGUGCAUACUAUCACAUGAACAAGCAGCCUUCAUUCACAAACGAACACAGUUUAGGCAGUCAAUAUGGAGGAGCCGGAGGAGGCGCUUAUAGUACAUGGGGCAUGUGGAGAGAUGGUCGAAACAUAGCUCCAUCAACAUUCUCAGCUAAACCACACCAUCCGCAUACUAAAACUAAGUCCUUUUCGAUAAUUUUAUCGACGGCUGCUUUUAUAGUUUUGUUAGCAGUUAUAUCAAUUGCAGGAUUAGCCUUUUAUUUUAGUUCGAUAAAAUCUAAUAUGGAAGAUACUGUCAUUGGAUUUGAAGGCUCAUUUCGUAUUGCGAAAGGUGAUCUAUUUACAACGGGCCUGAAGUACAACCAUACAACGACUUACAAGCAAAAGGUUGAGUACUAUAAACGAUUUGUCGAACGAAGUUUGACAGAUAAUGCUCUUCAACCAAUUCGAGUGGAUGUUGCUGGUUUUGGUGAUGGUCCAUUAAUAAAAGUCAGUUUUAGGACAUAUUUGGAUGUUAGGAAGUUACCACAAAACAUCCAUAGUGUCGAAGAGUACAUAAAGGAAUCCCUAUUUCUUGAGACAACUGCACUUAAGUCACUUUAUCGAUCUCUGAGGAUAGAUCCAGAAUCUGUUGAAGUUAAGAGAAUUCUCGAUGAACAAUUGGUUAAGUCUGCUUCACUUUCUAGAGAUACUCAAACGAACCCAACAAGUCAAACACAGUUGGAGAAGAGACUUCUGAAAAAAGGUGGAUUCCAUGAAAAACCAACUUUGAAAACUCUACCAAAUGCCUCGUCAAAAACAAAACUUUCCAAGCCCCCACACAGUGUCGAUGACGAGCCUGAUGUAGAUGUUGAAAAUGCACCUGUUAUCCAAGGGUCUUUUGAGGGUUCAUUUGAGAUUACAAAAACCGAUGCGGACAUCACCCAGAAGAAGGCUUCUCCAACGAAGGCUUAUAGCAAUACUCCGAAAUCUGUGACUCCUUUUCCGUUGAGGGUUAAGCCUAAGAAGCCAUCAGUGGAAAAAGUCUCAGCAAAGACAACUAGAGUUGAAGAUCAAACUACAACAACCACUAAGCAAACAACCACCAAAACAACAACUACUACGACUUCUACAACUAACACAACUCCAAAACCAACAACAACGACAACUUUGAAGACGACAACAACCACCACAACAACAACAACUCCCCCACCGCCACCACCCCCAACAACCACAACUCUAUCUGCACCAACUUAUUCACAAACUUACAGUCCUUCCACAACAACAGUGGAGGUUCCUAAACUUGAUGCCAAUUUAUUCACAUCGGCUCCGGUUCUUGACACUCAACCUUGGAGACCUAUUCGAGGGCCAGGAUCUGAGAUCUUUGAGCCUCCGAUACAAAUUGCCACACAAACUGAAAAUGUCAUAAGCAUAACCACCCCCUACGAACCAGUAAGACCGCCACCAAUGAUACAAGCUCCAGCUUCAUAUGACCCUUAUCCAUCGGGAUUCUUCAGUAAGCCGAACUUCAAUAAACCCGAGAACCGAGAGGAUACGAACGUCGAAGAUUUGGUCUAUUAUCACGGAUAUAGUGGGCCAGUUUUCAUGCCUGGUAUUGAUGGAAUCGAACCUUUAGGUUCAGCUCACGUUAAGCCCCAUCCUCUGCCGAAUCCAUUGAUAGACGAUGUCGUGAUACCAGCUUUCAAGCCUCUGAAUCCAACUCUCGGAACUAAUGGAAAAAUUCCAUUUGCAAUUGAGGCCGGUGACGAAAAGUUCGAGCACUUAGGAGGUGGAGUUAUUGUAAAGAAACAUGACAAUGAAUCGUCCACCACUACAACAACAACCACCACUACUCCUACUACUAAAUCAAUGCCAGCUUCUUCAACUACUGCUGCCUCCACAUCGACAACUUCGAUUCCUUCGAGUUCAAUCAAACCCAAGAACAGUUCAAAAGACUCGCAGAUAACUGAUCAGAUCGGUGAAUUCUUAAUGGAUCUCCUAAAUCUUCCCGAUGAAGACGUUAAGAAUACUACAGAUUUGGUAGAAUUGAAGCUAGAAUCUCGCAUUGAGCCUGAUUCGGAAGAGAGGCCUAAUUUCAUGAAUCUCAAAGAAAUCAUCUUGCAAAGAAAUCGAGGCUCCACAACUAUCUCCGCGGAGUCUUCUGCGCCUUCUUCAUCGUCAUCCUCUACGACCACCACCACGACAACAAAAUCACCAGGAACUAAGAGAAAUCGCAUUCGUCCAUCAAGGCCGUCAAAGCCAUUUGGAACACUAGACGAUUCAGCGCUAUUUCCAAGUCAGUCUAAGUGGGAGUUUGUAAAUGGUAGCUCUCCAAAUACCUAUGGCCACACGGGUUCCAUGAGGAGAGUCUUUAAUAAGACCCUUCAAGCUUGGGUUUCUGAGGACGUUGAGAAAGCCGAGAAUUUAACCCUGAACGACAUCAAGACUCGUAUCAACAAUGCCACAAAUAUUCAAGAUAUUUCCCUCAUUUUCGACACACUUGCUUCCAAGUUGGGAAUCACUCACAGCAUGCCAACGAAGAUUCCACCGUUUUCACACAAUAAACUCAAGAUAUCCCAGAGAAACGAGACGAAAAUAAAGCUCAUUACAACGACGACAAUGAUGCCCACAACCAGCACCACAACAACAACACAAACCAGACCCCCAACAACGACCACGAGACGAACUUCGACAACAACUACGACAACCCCCACUUACAUCGAAUACUCACAGGUUCAAAUGAAAGACUCAAAUGUGCCCACAUUCAGGCCUUUGAGUCCCAUGCUUCCCGAAGUUAUCGAAGGCGAAGCCGAGGUUGAAGUCAUCGAUCCCAAUAAAUAUGAAGAAAUGCUGAAAUCGUCACAAGUUCCACAUCUUUCGGUGGCAAGUACAACUGAGCUCCCCCGACUGGUUACCCUACUCCCAGUUAGAUCGAACUCUGGAAUUCGAACAUUUCGACCGUUAAUAGAUUCCCAAGCUGAAGGUCGAAGACUUACAACGCCAUCGGAGGCGGUCGUCAAAAGUGGUAUACACGUGACUGUUUAGAAGGCAAAAAAGACACGAACCUUUUUAAUCUUGAAGAAAAUUAAAAAGUAGAUUUUUAGUUUAUUUGAUAAAAAACUGACGCAACUUUGUGAGACGCAGAUUUAAUUUUUGUCCAUUUUGUUCCGAGGUUUGUCAUUGGAACAUGAACCAAAAUUUAACCUUGGAUCGACUUGGGACAAAGUAUUUUUUUUUUAAUUUUAAAUAAGUUUAAAAAUUAUAAAAUUAAAUCAUUUAAGAAUUUAAAUUUAAAAAAAAUUAAACACAAAUACUUAAGAUUUUUUUGGGUUACUUAAAAAUAAAGUUUGAUUUCUUAUAUUUAAGAGAUUAAUCAUAAAUAAGUUUAAGAAAUGAUUUUUUUUUAAAUAAACAACUAGGAAAU